UCGAGUGUGAGUCCGUGAGUCUCACAGUGUGAGUCUGUGUUAGAGAGUGCGUGUGUCUGUGUUACAGAGAGUGUGUGUGUGUGUGUGUUGGUCAGCGUGUGUUGGAGUCUGCAUUUCUCAUUCACCACUGUGAGAGCAUCAGGCUCGCAGUGAAACGCCAAGAUGAGACUGCACUGGGCUGCCGUCGCUCUGCUCUGCUUGGCUGUGCUGAACGCGGCGGCCUCCAACAACCAGAAGGAGACUUCCACCCCGACUGCAGCAGCAGCAUUGACCCAAACAGCUUCGCAAGCAGCAAAGGAGAUCAAAGCGAAUAAGGAGAGUGACGUCACAAAGACAUCCACAGAUGCCAUGCCCAAUGUGAAGACGACUGGGUCAGUGGCAGCAGCCAAAGAGGAUCCUGGCAAGAACAAGACGUCGUCAUCGUCAGCCGAGAAGACGGACGACAAGAGCGAGACCAAGACGUCAACGUCAGCUGACAACGCGGACGACAAAAGCAAGAACAAGACAUCAUCAUCGUCAGCUGAGAAGACAGAUGAAAAGAACCAGAACAAGACAUCGUCAUCGUCAGCUGAGAAGACAGACGACAAGAGUCAGAACAAGACGUCGUCGUCAUCGUCAGCCGAGAAGACUGACAACAAGGGCCAGAACAAGACAUCGUCAUCGUCAGCUGAGAAGAUGGACAGCAAGAGCGAGAACAAGACAUCAUCGUCAUCAUCAUCGGCCGAGAACACAGACGACAAGGACCAGAACAAGACAUCGUCAUCGUCAGCCGAGAAGACGGACGACAAGAACCAGAACAAGACAUCGUCAUCGUCAGCCAAGAAGACAGACGACAAGAGCCAGGACAAGACAUCGUCAUCGUCAGCUGAGAAGACAGACGACAACAGCAAGAACAAGACAUCGUCAGCAGAGAAGACAGACGACAAGAGCCAGGACAAGACAUCGUCAUCGUCAGCUGAGAAGACAGACGACAAGAGCAAGAACAAAACAUCAUCAUCGUCAUCAUCGGCCGAGAACACAGACGACAAGAACCAGAACAAGACGUCGUCAGCCGAGAAGACGGACGACAAGAGCCAGAACAAGACAUCGUCAUCGUCAGCCGAGAAGAUAGACGACAAAAGCCAGGACAAGACAUCGUCAUCGUCAGCUGAGAAGACAGACGACAAGAGCAAGAACAAGACAUCAUCGUCGUCAUCAUCGGCCGAGAACACAGAUGACAAGAACCAGAACAAGACAUCGUCAGCCGAGAAGACGGAUGACAAGAGCCAGAACAAGACGUCAUCAUCAUCAGCUGAGAAAACAGACGACAAGAGCAAGAGCAAGACAUCGUCAUCGUCAGCCGAGAAGACUGACGACAAAAGCCAGAACAAGGCAUCAACGUCAGCCGACAACGCGGAUGACAAGAGCAAGAGCAAGACCUCCUCACCAUCGCCAGUGUCGUCAUCAUCGAAGGCUGAGAAAAAACCUGACCAGAGCCGUGCUGAGGGUCCCGGCUGGUGCUCGCUGUACGGGAUGGGGCAGGUGCGCACCUUCGACGGCUUCCACUUCGCCUUCUCCAGCGCCUGCAACUUCGAGAUGGUGCGCACCAGCGACGCGAGCGAGGGGCACGUGGCGGUGCUGGCGCGGCGCUCUGCCGGGGGGCGCCUCGCCAGCGUGGAGCUGGCGGCAGCCGGGAGCCGCCUCCAGCUGCUGGGAGACGGUGCCAUCGACGUCAACGACGAGCACAACGUGACGCUGCCGUACGUGGGCGGCGCCGUGCAGGUGGAGCGGCAGGGACUGCAGCUCCGCGUCGCCUUGCGCUCGCUGGGGGUCACCGUCUACUGGGACGGGCAGGGCGCACUCAGGGUGGAGUUGGAUGCCCGCUACCGCAGCAAGACGUCCGGACUCUGCGGAGACUUCAACGGUGUCGCCGAGUCCACAGAUCUACUCCGAGAGGGGGGAGUGGGGCCCAUGAGCGUCCACCAGCUGGUGAACGCGCACCGCGUGAACGACCCCGGUGAGCAGUGCCCCUUCAUCACCGCCGCCAACGUCACCGCGGCCUGCCCACAGCGCGAGGGGCUGUGCCGAUCUCUGCUGCGCUCCGUGCUUGGUCGCGGCGCUGGCGAUGACUCCACCACCACCACCAGCUCCACGCUGCUGCUGGAGCUGGUGGAGCCGUUCGUGGCGGGCUGUGCGGGCGAGCUGUGCGCCUGCUCCACCUCCUCCUCGUCCACCUCCUCGUCCACCUCGUCGUCGUCCUCCUCGCGGCCCUCGGCGUGCUCCCCGUGCUCGUCGCUGCGCGCACUCUCACAGGCGCUCGUCAUCGCCGGGGGGCGCCCAGCCGAGUGGAGGAGCCCCUCGCUCUGCCCGGCCCCACGCUGCCCAGCUGGCCGCGUCUUCUCUGAGUGCGGCUCGGCCUGCCCCCCAACCUGCAGGGACCCGGGCAGCGACGCCGCCUGCAGCUCGCGAUGCACCUACGGCUGCUUCUGCCCCAACGGCACGGUAGUGGACGAUGUUUCCCCGUCUGGUCGCUGCGUGCCGCUGUCCAACUGCUCGUGCGAGUUCAACGGCAAAGUGUACCGCGCCGGAGCGGUGCGCACCUCACCCUGCCGCAAAUGUGCGUGUGAGCGAGGCCAUUGGAGCUGUACAGAGCGGCCAUGUGCAGCCACGUGCGUGGUGGACGGGGGAUCCCACGUGACCACCUUCGACCAGGCCGAGUUCCGCUUCCACGCAGCAUGCCGCUACCUCCUGCUGCAGGCAGGAAACUGGUCCCUGGUUGGCUCCUUCACUCAGUGCGGAGCCACGGAGUCAGAGACCUGCCUCGACUCCAUCCUCACCACCAACGGAAAGGAGUAUAUCGAAUUCUUCAGCGCGAGCGUCGUGAACCAGGGCGAGGACCUCCUGCCCCUGCCCUACAUCACAGACUCGGUGGAGGUCCAGCGGGUGUCAUCGAUGUUCGUCGAGGUGCGGCUGCUCCUGCCACCCCCCCAGGGCUCCACCUCCUCCUCCUCCACCUCCUCCACCACCUCCUCCUCCACCUCCUCCUCGUCGCUCCUCCUGCAGAUCCGCACGGAGCCCACGCUGCAGAUGUUCAUCACGGCCAGCCCGGCCCUGCGCGAACUCACGCGCGGCUUAUGCGGCAACUUCAAUGGCGUCGCAGGCGACGACUGGCGCUGCGCCCAGGGGGUGCUGCAGGCCACGGCGGCCUCCCUGGCCGACUCGUGGGGGGUCGGCGCUGGGGGGGGGGCUCCUUGCCCCCCCGCGCGGGACGCCCUGGCAGAGCCGUGCGCUGCCAGCGCCAGCACCGCUGGCUUUGCCGAGCGGUGGUGCUCGCUGGUACUGAGCGAGAAAUCCGCGUUCGGCGCCUGCCACGGAGACGUGGACCCAGCACGCUUCUACACGGCGUGCCGCUACGAGGUUUGCACCGGCCAGGACGCGGCCGCGUCGCUCUGCUCGGCGCUCGGCUCCUACGUGGCGGCCUGCAGCCUCGCAGGUCGCGCGGUGGACGCGUGGCGCCAACUCGUGCCCAUGUGUGACAAAGCCACGACCACGUGCUCCCCUGGCCGCGUAUUCUCCUACCGCGUGGUCACGUGCUCUAACCGCACCUGCGCGUCACUCGCACGCGGCAGCGUCGAGGGGACGGCAGCUUCGUCCUCAGCUGCUCGGGGGCGUGGCCUCGGCUGUGGCUCCUCCUCCUCCUCUGCUGCUAGUGCUGCUAGUGCGGUGGGGGUGGGGGGGGUGGAGGGCUGCGUGUGCGCUGAGGGCACCUACGAGGAGCCCGAGGGGGGGCUGUGUGUCCCUGCCAGCAGCUGCCCCUGCGUGGGGGCAGCGGGGAGAAUUCUGCCCAGCGGGCAGUCCGUCAGGAUGGGGGCCACCCUGUGCACGUGUCAGAACGGGGUGCUCGACUGUGAGAGACCUGCACAGGUGGACAACGGCACGUGCUCCGCUCCGCUGGUGCGCUACAACUGCACGGGGAAGGCGACGCCGGCACAGGGAGUGGGGUGCGCCCCGUCGUGCCAAGGGAAGCUCACGCGGACCCCCUGCCUGAGUGUGCGCUGUGAGCCGGGCUGUGGGUGUCCCCGGGGUCUGCUGGCGGACGGCGUGGGGGGCUGCGUGGCCUCCCGGGAUUGCCCCUGCAGCCGCAACGGCCGCUCCUACAGCAGCGGCGGCACCGUCACUAGCAAGUGUGAGAAGUGCACGUGCCGUGGGGGCCAGUGGGCCUGCCAGGAGCGCCGCCAGCAGCCCUGCCUCUCCACGUGCUCCGUGUUCGGCGACGGCCACUACAGUUCCUUCGACGGGCGCCAGUUCGUGUUCGACGGCUCCUGCGAGUACGUCGUGGCUCAGGAUUACUGCGGGGAAGAGCAGCAGCAGGGCACGUUCCGCGUCAUCACGGAGAACUUGCCGUGCGGAACAUCUGGGACCACUUGCUCCCGGGCAGUCAAAAUCAUCCUGAAGGAUGUGGAGAUCUAUCUGCACGACGGGAACUACUCCGUGUCUCGCGUCGGCUCCUCCGUCGCCACGUCUCCCGAGCGGCGUCACACCGUGGUGACACGCGGCCUCUACCUCGUCGUGUCCACGGCGGUGGGACUCACGCUCACGUGGGACCGCAGGACCAGCCUGACCCUCUCCCUGCCGGCGUCGUACCAGGGCCGCGUGUGCGGCCUGUGCGGCAACAACAACGGGGACGUCUCGGACGACUUUAAGGGCCGUGACGGGGCCCGAGUCGCCUCCGCUGCGGCCCUGGCGAGGGGCUGGCGCGCGUCGCCGUGCGGGGCAGCCGGCGCUCCUCCUCCCUCCUCCUCCUCCUCCUCCUCGUCCUCCAGCUCAACGGCGUCGGUGGCGGUUGCGGUGGAUCCAUGCCGCGCCAACCCGUACCGCCAAGUGUGGGCACAGAGGCGCUGUGCCGUCAUCGGGAGCGACGCCUUCGCCGAGUGCCACGCGCAGGUGUACCACGUGCCGUACCUGGAGGCGUGCGUGCAUGACGCGUGUGCGUGUGACGCUGGCGGCGACUGCGAGUGCGUGUGCACGGCCGUGGCCGCGUACGCGCGAGCCUGCCGCGACGCCGGCGUCUGUGUGCAAUGGAGGACUCCCGACAUGUGCCCCGUGUUCUGUGACUUCUACAACGAGGAGGGGGAGUGCACGUGGCACUACAGCGCCUGCAGCGCCCUCUCCGCCAUCUGCCCCACGGCCCCCGGUGGCAACCUGAGCAGCGAGCUCAACACACUGGAGGGCUGCUACCCGCGCUGCGUCAAGGCUCGCCCCUACUGGGACGAGGAGGCCCACCGCUGUGUGGCGCUGCGUGAGUGCCCCUGCUACGUGGACGACGUCCGCCUCGAACACAACGCCACCAACGUCGUCAUCGCCACCACCACCACCAGCGGCAAUGUUGCCGUCGUCAAGACAUGCGACUGCAUGAGUGGUGUCCCCCAGUGCAGAGACCUCACCUCCACUACUCCGGCUGCUCCCACAAGCCCAGCGGCUCAGUUGUCAUCGGCAAGUCCCACCAAACCAGACUCCGAUCAUUCAUCAGCCAGUCCCACCAAACCAGACUCUGAUCAUUCACCGGCAAGUCCCACCAAACCAGACUCUGAUCAUUCAUCGGCAAGUCCCACCAAACCAGACUCCGAUCAUUCAUCGGCAAGUCCCACCAAACCAGACUCUGAACAUUCAUCGGCAAGUCCCACCAAGCCAGACUCUGAUCAUUCAUCGGCAAGUCCCACCAAACCAGAUGUGGCGCACACCACGCUGUCGACCAGCCCCUCGCCAGUGUCUGGCAAGUCUCCGGCGUCAACCACGGUGAGGAAGACUCCUGCGACUCAGGAAACGACCGCCACCGGGAGCUCCCCGGGCCUCACGACGUUCACCUCCAACGUGGCCUCGACGGAGCUCACCGUGAAGCCCGCCGAGUGGACGCCCUGGCUCAACGUGUCCGUGCCGACGCCGGACAAUGAGGGGGACAUCGAGACCAUCGAGAGGAUCAGGAACACGGGCGUCGACGUCUGCUCGGAGCCCGUGGGCGUCCAGUGCCAAGCCGUGAUGUACCCCGGCCGGGACAUCUCCACGCUGGGGCAGAAGGUGAUCUGCGACCGUCUCAUCGGCCUCAUUUGCCGCAACGCCGACCAGAGCGGGAGCAAGCCGCUCUGUCUGGAUUACACCGUCAAGUUCUUCUGCGGACCGGUGACCAGGCCGCCGCCGACGAGGCCGACCGCCGCGACAUCUUCCGUCGCUCCGGGAGUGUCGUUGAGCUGGGUUACGACUCCGCCUUCGUCGGACGCGAACUCCACGGAGCCCGACAUCAAGCCGGCCGAGUGGACGCGCUGGUUCGACGUGGACGCGCCCACACCGGACAACGAGGGGGACAUCGAGACCAUCCAGAAGGUCAGGAGCACGGGCGUCAGCGUCUGCUCGGAGCCCGUGGCCGUGCAGUGCGAGGCCGUGAUGUACCCGGGCCGGGACGUCGCCACGCUGGGGCAGAAGGUGAUCUGCGACCGUCUCGUCGGCCUCAUCUGCCGCAACGCCGACCAGAACGGGACCAGGCCGCUGUGCCUCAACUACGCCGUCAAGUUCUUCUGCGCCCAACCGACCAGGCCGCCGACGACGACGACCACGAAGCUGACCACCGUGGUGACGCCGUCCAUCGCUCCACCCGUGUCGUUGAAAUCGGCAUCAUCCCCGACCCCAGCGGACAGAUCGCCGGGGGCCCCGGGCCUCACCAAGACGACCACCACGGUGGCCGGGCCCACUCCUGCCGCGUCCACGGAGCUCACCGUGAAGCCCGCCGAGUGGACGCCCUGGCUCAACGUGUCCGUGCCGACGCCGGACAACGAGGGGGACAUCGAGACCAUCGAGAGGAUCAGGAACGCGGGCGUCGACGUCUGCUCGGAGCCCGUGGGCAUCCAGUGCCAGGCCGUGAUGUACCCCGGCCGCGACAUCUCCACGCUGGGGCAGAAGGUGAUCUGCGACCGUCUCAUCGGCCUCAUCUGCCGCAACGCCGACCAGAGCGGGAGCAGGCCGCUGUGUCUGGACUACACCGUCAAGUUCUUCUGUGGACCGGUGACCAGGCCGCCGCCGACGAGGCCGACCGCCGCGUCAUCUUCCGUCGCUCCGGGAGUGUCGUUGAGCCCGGUUACGACUUCGCCUUCGUCGGACACGAACUCCACGGAGCCCGACAUCAAGCCGGCCGAGUGGACGCGCUGGUUCGACGUGGACGCGCCCACGCCGGACAAUGAGGGGGACAUCGAGACCAUCCAGAAGGUCAGGAGCACGGGCGUCAGCGUCUGCUCGGAGCCCGUGGCCGUGCAGUGCGAGGCCGUGAUGUACCCGGGCCGGGACGUCGCCACGCUGGGGCAGAAGGUGAUCUGCGACCGUCUCGUCGGCCUCAUCUGCCGCAACGCCGACCAGAACGGGACCAGGCCGCUGUGCCUCAACUACGCCGUCAAGUUCUUCUGCGCCCCGCCGGCCAGGCCAAAGAUGACGACGACGACGACGAGACCGACAUCACCGUUCACGGCGGUCUCCCUCCCGGGAAGCGCGACGACCGACGCCAAGUGGAGCAGCAGCGGGGCGACUUCGCCGCAAACUCUCCACCCCGUCGCCACCCUCAGCCUGGGCUCCAGCCGCGUCACGACGGAGUCCGUCACGGCCCUGUCCGGGCCCUCUCCCUCCCUCCCCGCCCCGAGCGCGGAGACUCCUCCUCCGGCAGACGAGUGGACGCCCUGGCUCGACGUGGACUCGCCGACGCCGGACAACGGCGGCGACGUCGAGACGAUCGAGAGGAUCCGGAGCCGGGGGUUCGACGUCUGCGCGGAGCCGGUGGCCGUGCAGUGCCGGGCCGUGAUGUACCCCGGCCGCGACGUCUCCACGCUGGGCCAGGCGGUCACCUGCGAGCGUCUCGUCGGCCUCGUCUGCCGCAAUGCCGACCAGAGUGCCGCCAGUCCGCUGUGCCUCAACUACGCCGUUCGCUUCCUCUGCAGGGCCAAGUCCAAUGUCACGACCACGACGCUGCCCGGCACGCCAGCAGCUUCAGCAGCCACGACUCUGUCUCCGGCGACGGUCUGCAAGGAGUUGGAGAGGCCUGUGACGCCGUGCGUGUCGCUGUUCGUCGACUCGUGCACGGGGGCCCAGCGAGCCGUCACCGCGGCCUGCGACCAGAGCGCCGCCGCCGGCAAGGAGUGCCCCAAGCGCGGAUCCUUCGCCGUCGCCACCACGCGGCCCGGAGAGUGCUGCCCGCACUACCAGUGUGUUUGUCCGGAGGACUGUGCGGUGCCGGCGUGUUCGCCGGGCAGCGUUCUCAUGGAGCUCAUGGAGAGCAGCGCUCAGAGCAGCUGCUGCCGCAACUACGAGUGUGUGCUUCAGCCUUCUCCGACAUGUGAAUACAACGGCAAGAUGUACCAGGUUGGGGAUCAGUGGAGCAAGGACAACUGCUCCUUCCUGGAGUGUGCUGAGUCACAGGGCUCCGCGUUGCUGAGCGAGCACCGCAUCACCUGCCUGGAGCCCCAGUACCCACACACCUGUGCAAAUGUGAGCGUGGUCUAUGAUGUCCACGGGUGCUGCAUCACCUACAAGUGCAACGAUGAAGCCCCCCAGGAGAUCUGCCAGCCCCAGCGCGUGUGGACGCUGGUCAGCGUGGGCGGCUGCAGCAGCGAGGGGCCCGUGGAGGUCACCAAGUGUGUGGGGACCUGCAGCUCGAGCAGCCUGCCGAACCCGUGGUCCUCCUCCUCCUCCUCGGUCUCCACGGCGACCGCCGCUCCACCUCAGCUGUGGCGCAGCAGCUGCUCCUGUUGCCGGGAGACGAGCGGCUCCGGCUACGUCACCGGCACCGCCACCGCCACCAUCACCGGCACCGCCACCGCCGCCUUCGUGUCGGUGCCGCUGCUGUGCCCCAACGGCACAGCGCUGAGCGCCAGCGUGGCCGUCGCUCAGCGCUGCCGCUGCGUCGUCGCCGACUGCCCCGCGCCGUGAAAUGUGACCUCGUGACCCCGUGAGCCCGCGACCCCGCGACGUGACCCCGCCCACCGUGACCUAAGCACGACCACGCCCCCCUCGUGACCUCUGAGCGACACACACACCAGCCCCGUGACCUCUGAGUGACCCACAAACACACUAGCCACGUGACCUCUGAAUGACCCCCACACACUCACACCACCGCCGUGACCUCUGAGUGACCCACACACACUCACACUCUCCCCGUGACCCACACCACCACCACCACCGAUCUGACAUGUGUGCGUCUCUGUGUGUGCGUCUGUGUGUGCGUGCGUGUGACGACGAGGUGAUCUUGGCGAUUACGAUGAGUGCGCGUGCGUGUGUGCGUGUGUGUGUGCGUCUGUGUGUGUGCAUCUGUGUGUGUCUGUGUAUGUGCGUCUGUGUGUGUGCGUCUGUGUGUGUGUCUGUGCUGUGUGUGUGUGCGUCUGUGUGUGUGUGUCUGUGCGUGCGUGCGACGACGAGGUGAUCUUGGCGAUCACGAUGAGCGUGUGUGUUCCAGACUGUGGCUCUUUUCAUUCAGUCAGUCAUUCACUCAUCAAGUCAGUCCACUCGUGACAUCAGUCACUCACUUGUCCAUCCAUUCAUUCACUUGUCCACUCACUCAUCCAUUCAGUCACUUGUCCACUCACUCGUUCAUUCAGUCACUUGUCCACUCACUCGUUCAUUCAGUCACUUGUCCACUCACUCGUCCAUUCAGUCACUUGUCCACUCACUCGUUCAUUCAGUCACUUGUCCACUCACUCGUCCAUUCAGUCACUUGUUCACUCGUCCAUUCAGUCACUUGUCCCCUCACUCGUCCAUUCAGUCACCCAUGAACCCGCGAUGCCCCGCCGUGAAGCCACGUGUUGGAGAGUUACACUCACCACAACCACAACCACUGCAGCACAACCACAACCACCACCGCAGCACAACCACCGCACAACAAACACCACCACCACCGCACCACAACCACCAUCACCGCUGCUACCAUCAUCAAUGCCACCUCCACCACCAACGCCGCUUUCAUCACUGGCGCAGUGCCAAUACCGACACCACCACCGCCACCCCCGUGUGUGUCUCUGUGUGUCUCACUGUGUCUCACUGUGUGUCUCUGUGUGUCUCUGUGUGUCUCAGAGUAACAAUAA